UCCGGCAGCCUCCGAGGGGGCUGAACACGCGCGGAGAAGCCGAGGUGGAGAGAGCAAGCAGCCGAAGAACUGAGAACCGAUCACCCGCUGGAGGAGCCGAGAGACCCGGGGAACACGUUUUUACCCAGCUUUCUGUCGGGGGAAGACAGGGCAGGGGUGGGUGGGUCGGGGGGGGCACGGCUACAGAAGAAUGAGAAAGCCCUCUUACCGGAGGGGGGCGAAAACAUGAACGGGGCCGUGUACAUUUCGUUUUUCCAGGGCCAGCUGGAGUCCGUGCUGGAGCAGGUCGUCCAGCUCGCUGUGCAGGAAAUAAGCAAGACAGUGGGGUCGAGUCUGAACACGCUGCUGCUGGAGACGGCCGUGAAAGAGCAGGAAAACCACCGGCUUCGGCUCCAGCUGCAGUCGUGGGAGACCCGGGGUCGAGCCAAUACCAGCCCCGCGGACAACGGAGGCUCCCCGGCGGCUGGUAAGCACAAGGCGGCGGGGGACGAGCGGGCGGACAGAACAAAGCCCGAGCAGAAGCAUCAGCAGAGGCAGCAAUACGCCCCCGGACUGCAGGGCAUCGAGCCCGGCAUACCCACCGACACACGGCGUCUGGAACAGAGAGGACGAGUAGUGGAUCAGCUGAAGUCGGUCAUGGAGCAGGUCCUUGACUUUGCCGUGCGGGAGCUGACAAAGAUCGUGGAAGCGUCGUUCGAUGACCUGCUGCUGGAGAUCACAAAGAUGGAGCGGGAGCAGCAGGGGCUGGAGGAGCGACUGGACAAAAGCACUGGCAAAGGAGGAGGAGAGAAGGGGAGAGGAGGAGGAGGAGGAGGAGGAGGUGGGGGGAGGAGAAGGGGCUCAGAGAAUGACUCGGUGUCACCAAGCGACUCUGAAGACGCCAGGGAGGAGCUGGCCGAUGUCCUCGGGUCCAAAGGAACAGCUGGAAGAGACGACCUGGAGCGUCCCCCCAUCAUCUCUGUCUCUCAGGACUGGGUUCCCAUCUUGGACAAAGUCUUCAGUCAGAAGUGGUGCGGCGAUGGCGACGGAGGAGAAGGAGGUGGGCGGAGUCUGAGCGAGGGCCGAGCUCGGCAGGUUCAGUCUCUCCCCACCCACUCUGUCAACCUGGAGCCCUCCCCCUCCUCCCCCCAGCAGGACCCCCGAUGGACUCCUCUGGAGGACAUGGAGGUGUUUUCUCCUGAUGAGGAGGAGUGUCAGAGGAACAGCAGGGGAGGAGCCAACACCACCGGAGGACGGUCAACCGGACCUUCAGCUGGACCUCCUCACAGCCCCACAGGCUCCUCAGGUCGUCGCUCUUCUGCCUCGAUGCUUCACCGUCUCCUCACUCUGCCGUCUCAGCUGCUUGAAGAAGACGAUGAAGACGCCGCUGCGGCCGCCAACGAAACGCUGGCCGCCCUGGCGACCAACGGCGAGGAGCCGCCGGUGCCCAUCUGCCCGUCGCCCCCGAUAACCAGGGAGGAGGAGGAAGAGGACGGCGAGGAGGAAGAGGAGGGCGAGGAGGACAAAGGGAGGAAGAAGAAGAGGCGGAGGGUUUGGUCCGAGUGCGAGGAGUGCGGCCGGAGGUUCAGUCGGAUGUCCCUCCUGAAGGCUCACCGUCAGACUCACGUCGCCGAAAACGCCGCCGCCGACACCUCGUCCCCGUCGUCCCCGCCAAGCGGCUCCUCCUCGGCGCUGCGCUGCUCGGAGUGCGGGAAAAGGUUCUCCUCAGCAACCCGCCUCCACAGCCACGUGCGGACCCAGCACCCCGGGAGCAGGUCCUGAAUCCGACACGGCGUAACAUCAGGCUUGAAGUUGAGCUUUAACAGAGUCCAGAACAACAAGAAAAAAAACAAAACACCCUGAGUACAGAGUGUGGGAUCCACAGACCUGAGACCGGAUCAGAACCAGGGAGCAGAAAACCAAGAAAGGGAAACACAUCCGGUUCAGAGUCAAGUUUACUGAAACAAACACCUGAAGAUCUGAGAAAGUAAUCGGUACACAGACACAACCAAUGAGUAUAGAGCAGUUUUUAACUCUUACACACAAAGAUAACUUUGAAAAAGAACAGGACGAUACAUCAUACAUGUACCUGGAAACGCAUUUUUAUACACGUUUAGAUGCUUAAACUCUAAAGCAGAAUGGUGACUUGACUUUUGGCUCUCUUCUUAGUUUACACACAUUGAUGCUUUUACUCUGAAAAGCAUCUUUAAACAAACACAGAUGCUUUUAUUCUGACGGAACAGAAAACGUGCUUUAACUAAGAAAACAGAGGGAGAUGAUUUUACUCUGAAACAGAACAGGAUGUUGUUUCACACUAAAUAGAAAAGGAAAAAGAUGCCUUCACUCUCUGAAAUUGAGCAAAAAGACGCUUUGACUCGACAAAAACACCCGGACUUAAUUUACUCCAGAUGCUAGCAGAUCUCUAGCUGAAGCCGCUACAGCAUCAGGGCGUCCACUAACGGUGUUUUAUAUGCGGCAGCGCCCACAACCUCAAUCUCAGGGUGCUUGUCAUGCUCUGAAAUUGGUUUAAAUAUUGCGAGCGAAGGAUGAGUUUCCCAUUCCGCCAUUGUUGUAGACAAAUUGAAAAGAAGUCUUCCCCUUAUUGACUUUUGGAGUAUUCACACUUGAAUAAAACUCCUAAAACUGUUGAUAAUUUUCAGGAUGAGCUGCAUAUUUGAAUGCAUACAGCUGAAUUUUUCACUCUUUACUUACCUGGAUUUUUUUCCUGCCGGCCCCCAGAGUAAACAGUAACACAGUAACACAACCAGUGAGAGACUGUUGCUGUCCUCUUCAGGCUCUUUUUUUACGCUCGCCAGUAUUUUCUUUGUAUGUAGCAUAACGGCAGACAAACUGUCAUUAUAGCGUCAGACUUUGUUAGUGCCGACAUCGUUAUCCUGUAAACAUUACCAAUGCAGCGUACCGUUUUAUUUCAAGUCCCGCCUCCUGAGACGCCCUCCCCAGUUCAACAGCGCAAACUCCAUGCUUUAAGGGACAUGUGUGGAUGUGUGGGCAACAGUUCUCUAGGAUAAAAGCUUUUGAUUAGUUGGUGAGGGAGAAGUGACAAAUCGACAAAAUUCAGCAGAGCUCCAAGAGAGGAACUGUUUUUAACUGAGAGCGCUAUGAGUGAAGGAAAAAGAAAAACUGCUGCUGCUGUGUUUUUGGCAAAUUGGACGCCGCGCACUGAAAUAGCUGAACUGUAGUCCUUUUCUAUAAUAUGCACCAGCAGCCCAUAAAACACCGUUAGUGGACACGCAAUACUGAAUUAUAAACACUCAGGUUGUAGUUUGUUCAACUUGAAAAUCCAGAAAUCCCUGAAAAAAACCUCUUCUCCAAUCAGGAACCAGAAUGCUCGCUCUGAAGGGCUUCAAAACAAAUGAGCUUUUCAAAAUAAAAUAGUUGUGCCCUGAAGCUGGAGCAGUCGACCCCUCUGACUUCACAGGAAAUCAAAAUCCAUUCAACACUGAAGGGAAACGGGUGCGAAAAACAACACCUGACCCAGGAAAACAAACGCACUAAACAAGGAGGCGUCAGACCCGAUGUGACGAAGGGAAGAUCACGUCAUAACUCCUCCUCCUGCUGUACAUCCACCUCAUCUUCUUCUUCGACUCCUGUAAAAAAAAACAAAAAAAAACAUCAAAUCCCACUAAUAGACAUGGAACAAGCUCCAGCUGCUGCAGGUGAGUUUCAGUCCGAGCAGGUGAAAUAUUUUGCAAUAAGCUCGUCGCCGCAGCAGCCGAACAGUCGGAGCGCCAUUUCCCCUUUUCCUUAUUCCUGUUUCAUUUGUGUGGUGAUGAUUUUGUGGAUCUGUACAGCGUGGACGGUCGCUCACACAGACAAAAAGUGACCUUUGAUUUUUCUACCUGUUUGUUUUUAAAGUGCUCUUGUUUUUGUUUGUUUUCUUCGACAGACGGACUGGAUACUUUUUUUUUUUUUUUUUUUUUAUGGAAACAGUUUUGGAUUAUCGUCAGGUGAGUUUUUCGUCAUGUUUUAGAUUUUUUGAAGAUCUUCUUUGGAAUUUCUUUUCGUGUCACUUCUACAAACAAAGAGGAAGAUGAAACUCGUCAGUGGCAUCGAUUGUUUGGACUCGUUGAAUGUGAAUCUGCAGUUUUGGUCCUUUUUGUUGUACAGUUUCAACUUUACAGACAGAACUGAUGACGAGACGAGAGAAAGAGGAAGAAGGAGGACGGUUUUAAGUCUGCAACGGGUUACACCUUUACCUCCUUCAGUCUUUCCUUACAUCCUUCCUUCAUCCACUCCUCGUCCUUCGGUCCAGUUCGGUUCAUGUUACCUCACAGAUACCUCCCAAAAAAAACAAAACAAGCUGGUAUUAUCACAAUUUGUUACAUUCUUCUACAAACAACCUUUCUCUGUCUUCUACUAAUUAUUCUCUUGUGUUCACUUUGAUCAAGUUCGUCUGUACGGAAGACCAUUGCUGCCAGGAAAAAAAAAAGAUCAAUAUUUUGAUAAUUGUCACAUUAAUUUAAAAACAAACGAGACCAUGACCUUCAAUUAGCUUAUUGAGUAUAAGCGCUUUGUAUCAUUCUGUCUAAAAGAAAAAAAGUGUUCAAAGAUACAAAAGUAAUCGAUGAACAUGAUUUUCUUCUUUUGGAUCUUUGAGAAAUAAUUGUUAAAAAUUCAUAAUUAUAUCAAUCUUUACAGUUUCAUCAAAGACGAAAGAUAAAUAUCUAGAUCUCAUCAUUUCAAAAGGAAAAGUAAAAAAAAAGUUGGCUGGUUUUUUUUCGUUAUCAUGAGGUCUUUACCUUAAAUUACCAUAAAUUUUAUUUAUUACAACAAUUUACAUUGUUUGAUUUCUAACCUUUUCUUAACCCUUUUCCUGGCAUACAUUUUCUUCCAUUAGAACACUUGGUAAAUAUGAGGGACAAAUUAAUGAAAUCUAAACUGAUGUCUUCAAAACUUUUUUUUUUUUAAAUUCUGUCAAAAAACCCCACAAAAAUGCCUUUAUAAAAAUUCAACCCAUACAAAAUCAACAAGCAUGAAAAACACGUCAUCAAUAGAAACCAAUGAUUACUUGGCUUUGACUAAUUAUGUGACCUGUUUUUAAUUUAGUGAACCUGUUCCUUAUGGAGGACAAACAGGACAGAACUUUAAAAGUAUGCAAGCAUCCUGACUCAAAGUGGGAAUUAAACCAGACUAAAUCAAAGUUUAAAUUUAUCCUAAAGGGAAAACAAAUCAUGUUUAAUGUUUAAAUCAUUUUGUAUUAGUGUUGUGUGAUUAUUGCAAUUGCAAAUAUAUACUGUUUUAAUUUAUUUAAAAAUAAAUAAAUUUUAGCACUUAAAACCUGUUAUGUGGGCGCAGUGAGCUUCCAUAUAAACUGGCAAGAAAGACAAAUUAAACUGCGAAAUAAUGAGAAAUUAUAUUGAAAAAUAUUUUUAAACUGAGAUCUUCAAACUGUCCCAAAAAAAAUCAAAACAAUGCGAAACAGAAAAAAAAAAGCAGAUGACAAAUAAUGCUGUCAUAACUCGGAUAGUAAAACUGAAGAGCCCGUCGAUGCCUAUCUGGUCCUGUGUGCCUCAUGCUGGAUCAAAUAUCAGUGAGGCCAAACAGGAAGUCCUGAUUAGGCCUCUCAAAUCUUAUCAGCGUGGUGCUUUCACAUAUUUAAAGAUCCAAUUUUUUAACCAAAUCCUUAAGACGAUAAGUUCCAAAUAUGGAAGCCUUCUCCUGAGAAAAUAAAGAAUUUGUAUUUUUUUAAACUUUAACGUUUAACGUUUUCUUUACAAGUUUAUUAAAUUCUACCUUAAAUGUAAUUAUUCCUCUAAAGGCACUACAUUAUGCUCUCAAAUUUAAAAAAAGGCACCUUUUUGCAUCCCACAAUUAAAAAGAUGACUCAGAAAAUAUAUAUUUUUUAUGCCUCAUUAGAUAGUGUCAUCUUGUUCUUCAUCAGAAAUCCGAUUAAAGGGCACCAAAGAUGAAAUCAAGUGUUUCAUGGCCAACUACGUCGGUGAACAAUAACCAUCUAAACGUGAUAAUAUUAUGUUGGAAUGUGUAGGGAUGAAUUCUUCUAACUUAAAAACGUUUUAUUGUUUUUAUUUGAAUCAUUCCUCCCCCACCAUCUUUGUUUGUGUGCAAAGUCUCUGUAGUACAACACAACCUUUUGUAGCAUUUGUACCACAGCGUGGGAUGGAUGGAGGGAUGGAUUGUGGUGAAAAGAAGGAUCCGAUAAAUAUAUAAAUAUAUCAGCGAUAUAUCCUGAUGUUUUUUAUGUACUGAUGUUGUUUGUGCUCCGCAAUGCUUCAGCACCAACAAUCUUCGUUUUUUUUUUGUAAAUAAGCUAACUUUUUCUAGCCUGACGGUGAAUCUGUUUAUAACCUGUUUGAACAAAAACUUUAAGCAAUAUGAAGCUAAAACUCUGCUGAGCAACCACAUCUUGAUUCAACGUAGAAAAAUAGUAGAGGAUCGCCAGUUCACAGCCGCUGGUGAAUGCUCAUUUGCAAAAAAAAACAAAAAAACACAAAACAUCUAAAAGAAUGAAAAUGUUGAGACUGGUUUGAUUUCAUGAAAACAGGUCUCCUUGAGUAAAAUAAUAAUACUAGGAUUUUGAUAAAUUAUUAACUGUUUAAUUACCUGUUUUUGCCUCUGCUUGAAUAACUAAAGCUUGUUGUCUUGCUUUGCUUACAUCAGAAUGACCUAACCGCUUUUCUGCAAACACUGAGAGUAUUUGUUUUUCUGACUUGUUGCACUUUCAGACUCCAUACCUGUCAAAUACCUCAUUUUUCACGUAAAACAUUUCAAGUGUUUAUUAAUUCCACACAGACCUCAUUACCUCAGUGAAAGUACGGCGUUGAUAUUUGACUACAAUAAUGUGUAUAUCUUUUAUUUUAUCUGUGUCAUUUUGGAUGCGUCUCAGAGCUUGAAGCUGUGCUGCAAAACUGAAAACACGCAAACUUCUCAGGUUUAAAGACAAAAACAUUUUUAGACACUGUGUUGUUGUUUUAGUUAUUACCUCUGAUUAGAACACUUACCUCAAAAUAUUACACUUUUGUUUUAAGGAUUUAGAAAAAAAAUCUUUAAUAACAAGUUUAAAAGGUAAAAGAGAGCUCAACAGGAUCACAAAAAUAUGGACGCCCAUUCCUGUCUAAAUGAAGCAAACUUGGAAGUUUGAAACCAUAAUCAUAAAAAACUCAUAAGUAAAAAAGAUCAUGAGAUACUGCAUAAUUUUAACUUUUUUUUCGAGAAAUCUAGAAGUUAAAACACAAAUGGCACAAAAAUUUGCACAUAACCUUCCAAAUAAUGUAAAGGUAAAGGCAGAUACUUUAGUGCAGCAUAAUCUUUUAAUUUUGUUUUCUUUUAACCAAACACAAAAAACUAACUAACUAACUAAAUUAGUUAUGUGGUUUUUACAGGACAUGCGCUGCUUCACUGCACUGUUAACCGGUCAGAAAAUGCUCAGAGGAAUCUCGUAUCUCCAAAGCUGAAAAGUAAAAUCCCCACUGAUCCAGAUGUAACAAUGUUAGAGUAAAAAUCUGAGAUACCGAGGUGGUAUGAGGUUUUCUAAUAAGAGCAGCAGCAUCAUUUGACUUGUUGGCUCAUCACAGCUCCUCCUGACCUUGUUUACAAAGCCAUAAAAGAGAGAAGUUUGUCUGGAUGGAAAUUCAAAAAAAAAAAAAAAAAAGGGGGAAAUUGUGAAGUAUAGAGACCAAACCAGGCGUGUUUAGAAACUGUUUUCAACAACAAUAAAUUCUGUGAAAAAUAAUUGAAGCAAUACAGGGACCCAAUAAAUCAAAACGGAUAUUUAUUUCCUUUUCCCAAUGAGGUUUAAGUGUGGGAGAUGAAUUUGAGAUUACUCAUUGUUAUCACAAGAAAGAUAUGAUGUCAUCUACAUAAGAACAAGGAAUAAAUAAGGGAAACAUCUGUGUUAACAUAUUUUUUUUAUACCUAGAUUUGGCAACAUUUAAUCAUUCUUUCUUGCUUGACUUUCUAAUAAAUAACAAUGCUUAGGUUAUGUGUCCAUUGAAACAUUUAAAUUAUACAAAACUUUCCGUUAAAAUAUGUUUUACAGACUUUGUUGUUGUGAUCACAGGCCGUUAAUUAAUUAUCUAGAAA